AUGGGGGAGCAGGCGUCGAAGAAGGAGGAGGAGAGGGUCAUCUACAGCGUACUCGGAGCGUCUACGAAUGGCCUGACUGGCCCUGAUACGAGGAGAAGAUGGCGGGAGAGUGACACCAAAAAGAGAGAGGACGUACUGGCGCGUAGCAUAUUGAAGAUGUGGCGGGGCGCUGGCGGCCUUUACGAGAAGGGCGGGGUCGCAUUACGUUCGGGCGGCGGGAUGCAGGUGGUAAUGGAGAACUCUUCUCAUCAAGACUACUCGUCGGCGAAAGACAACACCGUCGAUAUGGGGGAGGUCGAGGAGGAGGAGGUAGAUGAACGAGGCGGCCAAUACCCAGAAGACGUCGUCGAAUUCGAGGGAAAUGCAAGAGAAAAGGCCACGUACCAGCUUUCAAAGAAAAAAUAUGCCCCAGCGUCGAGGGCCAACCAGACAGGACGAGUCGGACGCCAGCGAGCGGGGACGGCUCUGCGAGACACGGGACUCUUCCAACCUGCACACACCGUCGCCUUCAUAUUCCCCUCACGCCCGGAGCACACUGUAACCGCAUCCACGACUCGUGAUGGUGCCUGCGCGGUGUUAAGGGCCCGCACUCUGGAGAUGGGUCCCACAGAUGAUGACCCAACAUAUCCAAGUUCGACUCACAGAUAUAGCGGACCACUGGACCCUGCUACUUCGAAGCCGGUCAAAACACGUCAAUGUUGA